AUGAAGUUCCUCUACGUGUUCCUCGUUAUCGCCUUGGCCAUCCAAUUGGCAGCUUCAGCUACCAAAUCAAAGCAUUCCCACAAGACUAAACUUAUUGUGACCCGCAGGAAAACAGCAAAUUGA